AUGCACGAAUCCUCUUCACCGCACGUGAACGCACACCCUUCUCCGCAUCAUCACUGUGGGAAUUUCCCAGCCCUAAAACUCCUCGCAACAGAAACACAGUUCGAAACGUUCGAUUUCAGCACUGUCCGUGAGUUUGGCAUCACCAUAGUCGCGGCAGAUGGAGAAACAUUUCCCGGUCACGUCGUGAGUCCCAAACACGAUAUCAGACAGGGUAGGAGUCGUCUCGCGACGUACCACACAUGGGCUCUCAUCUGGGCGCUAGCGAAAAAUGCGGGGGCAGAAUAUGCCGUAAUGAAACGUGCGUAUCUGAAUGUUACCCGUGCCUGGCGGACUGGAUUAGCCAAAGGUCUGACGAUGACGACUGUCGGGGUGCUUGGGCUGGGAAGUCUCGGUGCUGCGGUAGCCUGA